UUCGAGCCGGCGGCGCUCCGGGCGAGGGGCACCCACCUGGGGCGAGCUCGGGCGGGCUCUGCCUGCCCCGCAGCGGCAGCCGGGGCUCUCGGAGGGGCGGCUCGGCCCUGCGGAGGAGAGCCAGCCCCGCUCCCGGCGUGUCCCUGCCGAGGGCUCCAGCCCCCACAGCUUGGGGACAUCGCGGAGCCCCCGCCGCGGCACCGCGCAACUUUUCUGCAGCCGCACGGCCCCCUCUUCCUUCGUCGCACGCCGGGAAUCGGGAAUUCGUGGCACGUCUCCAAACUGAAAAAACGGGCUGGUGUUUUGCCUGUGCGUUUUCUAGCGGUGGAGUGAAUGCCUGGGGCAGGCUGCGAGUCCUGCUGGCGUGCUGAUAGCGCCUCGGCGCACUGCAGCCCCUAAAAAGGACCGUGUGCUUCCAGCAGUUCGAAAAAGGGCUUUGGCACAGUCCUUUUGCUAAUGUUCCUUAUCCUGAGAGUGGGGAGAAGUCCCACCUAUAAUCCUGUCAGGAGGCUGAGAGCCAUCAAGUUGCUGUCUCGUGAGCAGUGUUUUUGUUUAACUUCCCAAAAUCCAGGCGACUUCCGUGGGACUGCUCACUGACUCCCCGGAGUGCUUCAGACAGCGAGAUGUCCAGCAGCUGUAGGAUGGAACCCUUGAAACUGAAUAUCCUGGUGAACUGGUGAAGUUCCAGACCUGAUGCUUUCAGUGUCUUCUCUGCUCUCUGUGAAGGAAAAAAUGCUGGAAUUAAAAAGAAAGGUUUCUAAAUAGUUGGAGGUUGGUGUCUCUGGGGAAGGUACCAAAGAAGAUGCAGUCUGAAGACUUCAGAAAAGUGAGCAAUGAGUCCUUCUGAAAGCUGAAGAGGUCAUGAACCUAAGACAAGUCUUUGUGUCUGUACUGCUGUUUGGAGUAGCUGGUCUACUCCUCUUCAUGUAUCUGCAAGCUUGGAUUGAAGAACAACAUACAGAGUCCGGAAAAAAACUGCAACAAGAGACAAUUAAUCAGGACUUCACUCUGCAGCCUCUGGGGAUGCCAAGGGAAGCAGCGUGGAGGAGAAGUGCUCCUGUGGGCCUCAGUGACCAGGAGAUGGCUGUGUCAAGCAGCAGGCACUGGCAGGGCAGGGCUGAGCCCUUCGGCGUGGCAGCUGCCUCCUCGGCGAGCCGAGUGCCCGAGCAGCACAGGGCCAGUGAGUCCCCUCCCAGCUGGCUCAGAGGGGUGUAUUUACCUCCUGCUCUGCACCCAUUAAACAAGACAUUUGUCAAGGGUGCUGAGUGGCAGGACACAGACAGCAGCCAGGAGAAGCGCAGGGCCUUCCUGCAGGACUUCUGUAGGAAAUACAACAGCAGAAAGAAGCUGCAAACCCACCUGGUGCACCUGGUGUCGAGAAUUUACGUGGAGGACAGGCACAAGGUUCUGUACUGUGAGGUGCCAAAGGCAGGCUGCUCCAACUGGAAAAGGGUCCUCAUGGUGCUCAGUGGACUCGCUGCUUCAGCAAACAACAUCUCCCAUGACGAUGUGCACUAUGGAAAGCAUCUAAGGAAAUUGGACAGCUAUGACCUAAAAGGGAUCUACACACGCCUGAACAUGUACACCAAGUUUAUAUUUGUACGUGACCCUAUGGAAAGACUGGUAUCUGCCUUCAGGGAUAAGUUUGAACAUCCAAACAGCUAUUACCAUCCAGUGUUUGGGAAGGCAAUAAUUAAAAAGUACAGACAUAAUGCAGAUGAAGAAGCAUUGAAAACAGGAUCAGGAGUUAAGUUCAAGGAGUUUAUCCAAUAUUUGUUAGAUUCCCACCGACCAGUUGGAAUGGACAUUCACUGGGAACAAGUCAGUAAGCUCUGCUAUCCCUGCCUCAUCAACUAUGAUUUUAUAGGAAAGUUUGAAACCCUGGAAGAAGAUGCCAAUUACUUUCUGCAGCUGGUGGGAGCUCCAGCCAAUCUGAAGUUCCCUAAAUUCAAAGACAGACAUUCCUCUGACGAGAGAACAAGUACAGAAGUAGUGAGGCAAUAUUUAAAGGAACUGUCUAAGGAGGAGAGACAGCUGACCUAUGACUUCUAUUACUUGGAUUACUUAAUGUUCAAUUAUACAUCACCACUUGUAUAGCACUAGAAUAGCUUCAGGCUUCUAUAAGAUAUUUAUCAUUCUGGGAUUCAAAACAACUACUUUGAUAUUAGCCCUGAAAAGAAAUGAAGUUACUGCUAAGUAGAGUUGUCUUGAAUUAGAGUGGUAUCAAUUGAUAUUAAAUUAUGGAGAAUGCAAAGAAAAAAAGACCUGUAAACAGCAUAAAUUGCACUAAAAUGCCUGAAAAAGCUGCUUUUACCAUUAUGGAUUAUACUAUGGAAGCAGUAGCUCAGACAGCUGUUGCAUUAGCUUACCUAAUGUUCUUUUAAUGGUUUAAGAAAAAAAAAUUAGAGUGGCUUGAUUCUUUUUUUGGUGUGUUUGCUUUAGAAAUGGAUUUUGGAAAAACUUUUGAAUGUAUUUUUACUUUCCAUCACUUAUUAAUAAAGAAUCAUUGGCUAAUUUUCUAAAAUGUUAGCAACAUUCUCAGCUGCAAGACUUGGUUUUUUUUGUUACUAUUAGACUGUAGCCAAUUUUAGACCAGAUUUUUUUUAUUGAAGGACUCUCUUGAAUACAAAUGCAUCAAACUAAAAAUAACACAGCAGGUCAGUUGAUGAGCAGAGUAAAUUUGGGUAUGCCUGUUAAAGCCCAGUCCACUACCUCAGUUUGAUUGAUGCACUGGAGUUGACAAGUAUGACCCUCCUUUCAAAGAGCUGCUGCAUUAAAAAAAAAUUAAGAUUUUAAUGCACAGUGGAUGCAUCAUUACAUGGUCCCAAUAUUCAUGGUAGUCUUCAUUUUUGGUGAAAUGGACAAAGUUUC